AUGGUGAAGAAGAAAACGAUUCAACAUGCUCAAUUUGAUGCCUUGGCAAAGGCCGCUGCACAGAUACCCCCUUCUAUGGUAGAGUCGCUCUGCCAAGUUGCGAGUUUUGAGGAUGAUGUUGUUGGCGAACCGAUCCGCUGCCGCGCCGUGUUUUGCGGCCACUCGAUGAUUCUCUAUCAGACGGAUUCGCUAAAAGUAUUGCCAGAUCACAGACACCAGGUGGUGCACGAGCACUUUCUAUUCCGUAUCAACAGCUUCUGUGUCGAUGUUUCCACGCAGCGAAUUUCACAAUAUCACCGACAUACCAACAAAUUUACGCGCUUUUCUGCCAUAAAAGGCAGAUGCGUUAUUCUGAGCGCGAAGAAGGGAUUGCCGCUCUUUUUCGAGGAUCCAGCGACAUUAGUGUUGAGGAAGAUCGAAAACGCGAAGCUCGAGCGCAGGAAGCGCAUCCAAGCGCAGCAGCGGUCGAAUUAUGAGAUAGAGACAUGUCCGGCGGGGGACUCCGUUUACUCACCAUACCCAAGAGAUCCGAAAUUUGAUGAGAGGUAUAUCCAAAAUAAUCUAAGUAGUUCGCCUCGUAAUCAGGGGAGCCCUUCGGGAGGGAUGAAAUCCGAUGGACAGGUUCACGAUACUGCCCAGUGCUUGCAAGUCUACCAUUCCAGUGGGAGGGCUGAUUCGAGUUAUUAUUGCGAUAGCACGCCUAAGGCCCCUAAAUUGACGAGGAAUGAUGGUGAGGUUCCCAUGUCGGAAUGGCGCUGCAUCGUUAUCAAGUUUCCCUCGAGAAGAGAGACCGAGCGCUGGCUUAACCUCCUACAGGCCACAUCGCAGACGCAUGAGUGGGUGAGUUACCUCAUGCAUCUUCCCAAGAUCGAUGUCCUGAACUCCUUGUUGGCGCGCCUCUUUUUCGAGAACACACGCACUUUAGGCCUGCACAAUCUGUUCGUGGGAAAGAUCUCCAAGAAGUUAGAAAGCGUCUCCAAAAGGCUACCCGAACAUGUCAAAGGAUGCAUCACCCUCGACUGUCUUGUCAUUGGGGGCGAAGUUCCAUUAUUUAAUGACGUGAGCGCGGCGUCGUUAUCGUCCUGUGGCAGCCUAAGUUUCGACUUUGAUGUUCUCUAUCGCGGUGGACUGAUUCUCAGCAUUCGCUUUUCUAUCACCUACCGGGGUAUUCGGGUUCCUGACAUCAUUUUUCAUAUCAAAGUCCUGGAGUUGGCAGGGCGGGCGCGGUUCAGCGUGAGUCCACCACCGACGCAGCUGUGUUGGAUUGGAACCUCGACUUUGCCUCAACUACGGCUGCAGUUCACGCAGGAGGUUCCCUCCCACGAUGGUAUUCUACACAUCCUCACAAAGAUCAUGCCCAAUAUGAACCAGCUCGUGUCCGAUCUGGUGCGGGUGAAGCUUUUCGAGGAUAUGGUGCUGCCCAAUAUGGAAGAUUUCCCGUGGCCUGGCUUACCCGACAACCCGUCCUCGAAGUCAAUGGGUAGUCGUGAUGACCUUAGCACUACCAGCAUGUGA